CUCUGUAUAUGCUGCUUUUUGGCCCUGAGGCGAAUGUGCUGUUUUGGGGCCUCGUCGACGGCGUAGCGCUGCGGGUCUCGAUACCGAAAGAAUGAGUCGCACGUCUGCGUCCCUUAAUGCAUAGCAGAGGCGGUUUUGUGCAUAGUCAGGCCCAAAAAAGCGCAAAAGUAGAUUGCUAGUGUGUUACGGUCGCUAGGGUCGCAAAAUUUUGCAAAGCGACAAGGCUGUGUCCGGCAUCCUCCGCCUCAGAGGCUGCAAGGGGUCUUGUGUGGUAGCGACCAGUGCUGCGCGCUACACUUACCGGCAGGACGCCACCGCUGCGACGUCAAAAGCCAAAAAACCGCAGCCGCAGCCAGCAUGGAGCCCAUCUCCUGCCCCAUCCGCGUCUCCACGCAAGUCAACGCGCCGCACUCGUCCCGGAGAAGCCCUCAAUUAUCAGCCGUGCCGCGGACGCACGACUGCCCGCUGAAUGUGGUCAUACCGAUGGGCGGCCUAGGGCGGAACGAAUUUACGAAUGCCGGCUACCCGACGCCGAAACCCAUGAUUCCCGUCGUCGGGAGGCCCAUGUUGUUCUGGUUGUUGGACAAUCUUGAUUUGAGAGAUACCGAUGCGGUGUGGCUCGGAAGCAAGCGCGACGUCGAGGCCGAAUACGGCAUCGAAGCAGCUGUUAGGAGAGAGUAUCCAUCGUUAGAAGUGCACUUUGUGAGGUUCGACUUCGAUACGAGAGGCGCCACAGAGACGUUAUAUUGCGUUCUGAAUGCGAUGGACGCGAAUCAGCGACGACGUAGAACAAUUUCUCUAGACUGCGAUACGCUUUGGUUCUGUGAUGUACUAGGAGGCGCCAGGGCCCUCCCGUCCGAUACGGGGGCCUCCUUCUACUUCCACGACGACGCGGAGGACGCGUCCGCGCCUUAUAGUUAUAUAAGGGUCGACCCGCGGACGCAAAAAAUUGUCGACAUCCGAGAAAAGGUGGCCAUCUCGCGGCUGGCGAACAACGGCGCCUACGUCUUUGCGAGUGCGGCGCAGGCUCUCGCUGGUCUGGAGCUGUGUGGAAAUCAACCAGUGCGUCGGGUGCAUCCAGGCUCGGUCGAGCGGCGAGGAACCGGCAUCGCCGCGCCAUCGAGCAGGCGUCGCGUCGAUGGCGUGGAGGACGACGCGACGAUUCAGCACGACAGCGCCGUGAAAUUUUGAUUUCCGCACAGGUCUCGAGGAACUGCUCGACGAGAAAGUGGGAGAAGUGAAAACGACAGACAAACAGCAAGCUUGGGUGAAAGAAGACGACGCGUCGUCCCUGAACACGGCGCUGGCCCAGGAGAACCCGGCUGCUUACAGUCAUCGCCACCACUACGUCUCUGGUCUCAUUGCGAGACUCAUAUCAAAUAAAGCCCCGUUCUUAGCCGUACGAGCGAAGGACUUUGCGUCCCUGUCGACGCCGUCGCAGCUCAAGGCGUUUCUAGCUAGACUACGAAGAGGUGAAGUAUUGGGCGCUAGAGCAAUGCGCUUCUGCUUCGCGUUGGACGGCACGCUCGUGAACUGCGUCGACGACGAUUUUGAAGAUGCCUCACCUAUAGAUAAAAAUAUACAAAUUGCAAGGCAAUUGCACGCUGCUGGGCAUACGAUAAUCAUCUGGACGGACCGGGGCAUGGAGCGGGGCAACGCUGGGAGCGCGAUGGCUCGGGCCGGCGCGGUCACGUUCCGGCAGUUAGGUGAAUUUGGCAUUCCCUACGACGAGCUGCUGUUCGGCAAGCCUCGUGCCGAUGUCUACAUCGACGCCCAAGCAGUCAGUUCACUAGGAGCGCACAUCGAACGUUCGCUAGGAUGGGACCUCGAGACUAUAUCAGGUAAUUCGGACCUGACGGGUGGCGUCAAGCCGCGGCAUUUCAACGCCGUGCGGCGCGUGGGCGACGACCACGUCGAGAAGACGGGCCCGGAACACAUCCUGAAGGGCGAGAUUUACUGGUACCAGCACAUUCCGCCUGCGUUGUCUGAUUUGUUCCCCCAAGCGGUAUCAGUGUCACAGCAUCCAGAUAGGGACCUGUCGAGCAUGGUCCUUACGAGAGUCGCUGGUGUGACUUAUUCGCACCUGUCGGCGAAUUUUUGUGUGACGCCGGGGCGGUUGGUGGCAUUAUUGGAUUCGCUGAAAAGGUUGCAUACUUGUGAAGGUUCCACAGACAAUGUUUCGGACGAAUUACUAUGUACGAAUUAUGCGAGGAAAGUGAAACAGCGGUACCAGAAGCACGAAGCGUUUUUUAGAAGCUUCGGCGCUGAUGUUCCCGCGUUAGCGUCAAAAAUAUUGAGCUUCCUCGAGGACUACGAGUCGCAGAAGCGCUUUAACAAGGCGGGUUAUAUUCAUGGCGACCCCGUCUUCUCCAACGUGCUACUGACGCACGACGGCCGCGUGAAGUUCCUGGACAUGCGCGGGGCGCUUGGAGAUGUACUCACAACAUGUGGAGAUGUCGCUUAUGACCUGUCCAAAGUGUAUCAAUCUUUAUGUGGCUACGACGCGAUUAUUCUAGAUGUGCCCGUCGAUGCAGCGGGCGCGCAGACGCUGGCCAAGCUACGUUCAUGCUUUGCGACGUGGCUGUCUCGUAAUUAUCCGUCGGUGAAGAUGCGCGACGUCCGCUUGAUCGUCGCGGCGCACUACUUCUGCAUCGUGCCGCUCCACGACAACCUGCACCACCAGCGCCAGUUCCUCGCCAAGGCGCGCUGGCUCCUCGAGGCGGACGACGACGCGGCGGGGACGGGCCCGGACGCGGUCGUGGCCUAAGUACCGGUCUAGUGUAAAUUUACGUUCCAGUUCAGGACUCGAGUUCAGGACCUCGCGGGUUAUGUGGAAACAAAUUUGUUUUUUGAAGAGGAGUUAGUCGAGGCGAAGUUGUGCGCGCGCACAGGAGACGGUGGGGGCGCCGCGGGGUUAAACUCUCCUCCGAGAGUCCCGCGGCGGCGUGCUGGUGAGC